AUGUCUGAAGUCUCUAUAAGUAAAACAAAGUUAAGAGUACUAUCAGUACCCAGACAGUCAUUUUGGCUCUUCCUGUCAGCAGUUACAGAACUUUUAUAUAAUGAAGCAGGGCCUCAAUUAGAUUCUUGCAGUGAUCUGGAAGAUGAAAAGAAAUCUACUCUUUCCGAUACAGAUUCAAGCUGGGCUUCAGUAGAGGUUAGUAAACUGAAAUCCUGGUAUGCUGGAUCGAUUGCUUCAGACAACGAUAACCAUUACAGUCCCACCACUAAAGACGAUACCACCAAUAAUAAUGAUGAUAAUGAUAAUGAAGAAUCAGACUUUUUCCACAUAGCAUUUACUCCUUUAGAAUGUACCAUUAUAUGUUCUGAGACCAUAAUGAAUCAAUAUUUCAAGCCAAUCUUGAAUGUCUGUCUUCAGCUAUCAUUGCCAGUUGAAUUGGUGGACACUUCAUUCCUUAGGCUUCAAUUGGACUCUGAAGGGGCAUAUGAUAAUUGCACCAAGAUACUAGAGUUGACAGAACCUUUAUCCAACAAUGGUAUACUGUUAUAUUUCCUAUCUACGCAUUUCUCCAAUAUCGUAUUGAUACCGUAUGAUCUGAGAAAGAAGGUUAUCACUACAUUACUGCUGAAGAACUUUGAAUUCUCGGGAUCUUCCAACUCAUAUAUCUUCAACCAAUCUCCUGUAAACACACCGGUCAAGGAAUUCGGCGAAUUAGAUCUAAUAGUCAAUGACACUGAUGAAAAUGAUGAGUCAGAUUCAAAUGACUUAUCCGUGAAAGCAUUCAAUACCUUUAAAAAUGUUGGCACUAAACCAUGGGUCGAUAGGUCUACUUUACUUUUAUUAACUGGUGCUCGUACGGGUUAUGUCGGAGAAGUAAUAGAAAUGACUGCCAAAAUGACCCUGAGACCUUCUUGCAUACCCAAGUACUUUGCAAUCACUCGUACAGCUUCAGAAGAAGUAUCAUUACUUCUUCCAAAGUCUUCCAGAAUCAGAGCAAACUUAGGUUUCAAAUCAAAAACCUUAAUGGGUUCAGCGCAAGAUGUUAUUGUACCUAUAGCUCUUGAUUUCCAUCUAUUACCUUUGAAAACUAGUGGGAUCGUAGCUGGUGUUGCUCAAAGCAUUUUACAUGGUGUUAAAACAAGUGAUAUCGCUGUAAGUUUCCCUUUUGAGAUGUACUAUUUAUCAAUGGCUAAAAGUGCAAUUAUAAUGAUACCAGAGGAUAAUAUCACUAUUGUGGAAGAAAUACUAAAUCAAGUUGCCCUGUAA